CCUCCCUCCUGCUUCCCUCGGAGUCGAACGGAGCGCGACAGGCGAGUGGACCCCGAGCUUCCCCGAGCUUCCUCCUCGUUUCUGACUUUGGCGUGAGCGCCCGAAAGCGAAAGCGAGUCCGCAGGCUUUCCACUCCGCUGCCAGCGCAGCGAGUUCCACGCAUCCCCGCCCAUCCUUGCAUCACCCGGGCCCCGGGGGAGGGGACCGCGGAGAGACGGCGGAGGCGCCCGAGGAUGGAGGCCCUGGUCGCGGCGCUCAAGAGGCACCCGGGAGCGUCGGUGGCGCUCUUCGCGGUGCUCUUCAGGGUGGUCCACGGGCUCGUGCGGAAGCUGCCCACGCCCGCGGUGGUGCUCCGGGACGAACUGCGAGCGUGGAAGUGGAGGAACCUCUCCGUGUCCGUGGUGCACUCCCUCGUCACCGGGACCUGGGCCGUCUCGAGCGUGUUGAUUUGGCCCGAGACCCUCCGCGACCUCCACUCCCACCACACGCCGCUGUCCUACCUGCUGCUGUGCAUCUCGACAGGAUAUUUUGUGCAAGACGCGGCUGACAUCAUCCUGACGGGACACGGAAAAGGAUCCUGGGAAUUCCUCGUCCACCACGUGCCCGUGAUCUUGUGCUUCGCGUACGCACUCCACACGCAGCUGUACGUGGCGGCGACGGUGGUGGCGCUGUUGGUGGAGGUGAACAGCGUGACGCUCCACCUGCGGCUGAUGCUCAAGCUGGUGGGCGCCACGUCCUCGGCCGCCUACCGCGUCAACAAGGUGGUCAACGUGGGCACCUUCGUGGCCUUCCGCCUGGGCUCCCAGUUUUACCUCACGUGGUACAUCGGCAGCAACUACUCGUGGCUGGACAACGCCUUCCUCUUGUUGGCCUCGCUGAUGGUCAUCAACGUCAUGAUGCUGGUCUACUUCUACCGCCUGGUCCGCUCCGACUUCUUCCGGCACCGCGGCGACCACGCGGGCCGCAACGGGACGCGCGACUCCAAGAAGUUCAUCACCGAUUGAGAGCCGUUUUUCUGGUAUCUGGUUUGUUUUUUUUUUUUUUUCCCCUUCUUUCUUCUUCCUUUUGUUUUGUUCAAAGCGACGACACCACUUUCCUCGAGGAAGAAACUGACCAAGAUUUCUGUACUUGGUGCAACGUCUGAAUUGGUUGGCUGCUACGCUUGAUUGAACAGGUCUUGGGAUCCUUUCGAUAUCCGGGUAGCACUUGAAGCCUCAAAGAUGAGAUUUGACGCAUUUUUCUUUCACAAUCGACAACCACGGCAGCAACGUCGCUUCACACGUAUGCCGCGUCUUCCGAGAGGUUCCGGGUUCGAACUCCGGCUUUCUCCCCAAACCCAAAGACGUGGCUUACGUCGUACGGCGCUUACGUGCGACUAAAUUGUGCAGCGGGCAAAACGGGACAGAAUCAGGCUUCGUUCCGGAUCAGGAGCGAAAUGUAGAAAUAUUCACCAUAUGGGCUAUCUUUCGUUUUACACGAGAUGUCAUCGAGGGCUUACGCAGACAACCAUAUCCAGUGUCCCUCUUUACAUAUUUCCUACAAUAGAGCCCGCGCACCUACGUCAUAAAAUCACGUGACUUUUGUUUACGUCGCCAUAUUGCCGUUCGAGCAAAGCAUCGUUCAAUGCUAAAUCGCUUGGAGACGACACGGAAAUACGUCUUGUAGCACGACGCCCGGAGUCUUGUCCGAUACCGAUAAACGUUUCGAAGGUGAACAUAAAUGAACGUACGUGGAAAAAUUCGAUAAACUCGGCACAGAGGACCCGGAUUUAAUGCCGAAGUCGAUGUUUUCGCCGAUAAGAAAUCGGACCGGUAAUCCGCUUCCGCUGGUCUUGGACGACUGGAUCUACACGUCGUCGAGAUUUACAGGGAAAAGUUUGAAAGCGUAGAAAAGUCUGGACGCAUACGAAUGGUUCGUUGCUGGAUCUGUUCUCAAUCAGGAACAAAUCCCACAUAGGGACGGUUUUGGCGGCUCGUGAAUGCGGAAGCGUGUACGGCCACACGUUAACCUUUGCCGGAAUCCGUCGAUCUUUUCAGCUAGUAUUCAAUACCAAUAUUUAACUAAAUGACUGCUGGUUUUACACAAACUCACAUUCAUUAACUAUGAUUGGGAAAAAAAAAAAAAAACUUAGGACAGGGAGUGGUGUCCUCCGUACACGGAAGCGUAUUGCGGCCACACGUUAACCUCAGUAAACCUCUGCGACAGGCAGUUUUUUUUUUUUUAAUACGCAUUGUUCUCAAAUGGGCCAAUUUGGCAUUAUAAAUACUUUUUGGUCAUUUGAGAUAGAGAAGAAU